CAAUGAGAUAAAACAAAACAAAAGUUUCCAGCAAUCAGCAAUCUCUAUCGUGCGCUCCCAAUCCCCCUAGGGUUUUUUUUCCUCCUCCGCUCGACAAUCGGAGAGAAAAUGGGUUCUAAUGAAAGAGAGGAUCAUACGACGACGACGCGGCAGCAUCACCCGCCUCACAUUAGCAGUCUCGUCGUGCGUACGUCCGGAAGCAACGACGGAGAAGUUGACCGCCUCGCCGCCACCGGAGAUGUCUCCCGUGACCGGCCUUCAUUUUCUCGCUCGGAUCGUCAUAAGGCUGACAAUGGACAUAGAACUCGUCCAAGUUCCACCUCACCACCCCGUCGUCCAUACGAAGAUCACCGACACGUCUCUGAUCUAAACCAUUCAGGUGCGGCGCCGCCUCGUGGGCGUGAGUUCAGCGGCAGGAGGGAAUCUUCUGGGAGAUACAGAGACUAUUCACCACCACGCCAUGUUAGAGGUGGAGCUGGUGGUCGUCGUUUUGAUGGGCCUGAACCUGCUCACAAGGUGCAACCAAGAGAUGGGGAUUGGUACUGUCUAGAUCCAUUAUGCAGAAACUUGAACUUUGCGAGGCGAGAAGUGUGUUACAAGUGCAAGAGGCAUCGCUAUGCACGUCCCAAUAGUCCGCCACCGCCUCCCAUGAAUAUUUCUCCAAGAAGAGACUUCAACGGCUACAGGUCUUCUCCUCCACGUGGCUACCCUAGAGACUACCCUCCACCAAGACUUGACCAUCCCACAUGGAGAGACAGAGACCGUGACCGUCUGCGUUACUCAGAUCUUGAGUACCCUCCUAACAGAAGAAUAGUAUCUGACUGGGUUCAUCCUCAACCACUCCCAAAACCUCACUACGAGAGACGACCACCUCUCGGUCCACCGCGUGGGGGAAGAUGGGAACGACGACAUUCAAGAGAGAGGAGCAGAUCGCCGCCAUUGAGAGACGGUCCACCACCACCACAUCCAAUGAGAGGAGGAGGUCAACCAUUGCAUCCAAUGAGGAGCAGAUCGCCACCAUUGAGAGACGGUCCACCACCACCACAUCCAAUGAGAGGAGGUCCACCACCGCUCAGAGAUUACCGCCGUGACAGUUGCUUCGAUAGGCGUGGCGACAGAGACAGGAUGUGAAACUCUUACUAAUGCAAAACUUUGUAUGUCUUGGGAGUCCAGUUAGACGGUUCAAAAAUUUUCCCUGAAAAAAUUCAAUGUGACCUUGUAUUACACCUUAGAUUCUUUUGUUCCAUUUUUAAACAUUAGCAAAACAUUUGUGCUC